AUGCUCCUAUGUGAGUUUCAUGGUAAGACUAUUGCCUUGAAGAGCAUUGAUUUAUCAAAAGCCCUACCACUAUAUGUCAUAGAAGAAAUGCAAAAAAAAGUCAAGUUUUAUAAAGAUCUAGCUAAUAUUCAAGGUAUGACUAUUGUCAGCACUUCGUUGAGCGAGCAAAAAAUAAAGAAAUGGCAUAAGACAAGGCUAUUAAGGGAUUAG